CUCUAAUCCCCUCAUUGAGGAAUCACUCGAAACCUGGUUGCCAGUUAUCAUUGCGCGUUUUGGCAUUCUUGUUAACGCGAGGACAGAUGUUGUUUCCUACCUGUUUUUGAUCUUUUAACAUAAUUUUCGAUCAAUUUUGACAAGCUCCAUGUCACAGAGUCGAACAGGAAUAGAGUUCCCCGCUGGAUUUAAAAGUUUUUAAUCGAAAUACUCAUCAACACCAAACUUCUCUUUACACGGCAGGAAACUACACGGAGAUGGCGCAAAGGUAUGAGGAGCUCGGUCAUUACGGAGGCGCGAUGGAUGGAGUCGGAGUUCCUGCCUCAAUGUAUGGAGACCCUCAUGCCCCUCGGCCCUUGCCCCAGGUUCACCACCUGAACCACGGGCCUCCCCCACACCCGACGCAGCACUAUGGAGCCCACGCGCCGCACAAUAUCCUACCGAACAGCAUGGGCAGCGCCGUGAACGACGUGCUGAAGAGAGACAAGGAUCAAAUCUAUGGCCACCCUUUAUUUCCUCUAUUGGCUCUGGUGUUCGAGAAGUGUGAGCUGGCUACCUGCACGCCCAGAGAGCCUGGGGUGGCGGGAGGAGACGUGUGCUCCUCCGACUCCUUCAAUGAAGAUAUAGCCGUGUUUGCUAAACAGAUGCGCGCAGAAAAACCUUUGUUUUCUUCCAACCCAGAGCUGGAUAAUCUGAUGAUUCAAGCGAUUCAAGUUCUACGGUUUCAUCUCUUGGAGCUAGAGAAGGUUCAUGAGUUAUGUGAUAACUUCUGCCACCGGUACAUCAGCUGCCUCAAAGGCAAAAUGCCCAUCGACCUCGUCAUAGAGGAACGAGACGUCUGCAAGUCGGACUUCGAUGACCUCUCGGGAUCUUCCACCAACCUCGCGGAUCAUAACCCAGCGUCCUGGAGAGACAUGGAUGACACCCAUUCCACACCCUCUGUAGGCACCCCAGGACCAUCCAGCGGGGGACAUGUCUCGCAGAGUGGUGACAAUACCAGUGAACUCGGAGAUGGCAUUGACAACAGUCUGGCAUCACCGGGCACAGGAGACGAGGAUGACCAGGAUAAGAAAAGGCAGAAGAAACGAGGCAUCUUCCCCAAAGUGGCCACUAAUAUAAUGAGAGCGUGGUUAUUCCAGCACCUUACGCACCCAUACCCCUCGGAAGAACAAAAAAAGCAGCUAGCACAAGACACAGGUCUCACCAUUCUUCAAGUGAACAACUGGUUUAUCAAUGCAAGGAGGAGAAUAGUCCAGCCUAUGAUUGACCAGUCCAACAGAGCAGUAAGUCAGGGUACAACUUACAGUCCAGAUGGCCAGCCAAUGGGAGGCUUCGUCCUUGACGGGCAACAGCACAUGGGUCUCCGGCCAGGAGGGCCAAUAAGUGGUAUGGGUAUGAAUAUGGGCAUGGAUGGACAGUGGCACUACAUGUAAAUCCACUUCACUGAGGCAAGCCUUACAACAAGGUCUCCAUGGUUGGCUCAGGGAUCUUCUUCCAUCUGACUGUGCAGCUCAGCACCAGAACUGCCACUGCAGCUGCCAAGUCACACCCACCUGACCAUACAUUGACUUGACCACUUCCACCUCACUUUGCCCAAGCCAGCACAGCACAAGCCUCGAGAGGAUCACCAUGGAAAUGCCUAACC